UAUUUUUUUUCAAAAUUAAUAGUUCUUUGUAGGAAAUUAGCAUUUACAAAAUGACUGCUGGAGUGGAACUCUUAAUAACGGCGGAGCCUCAUUUUAUCCCAGGGUAUUCCGGUUAUUGUCCGCAGUAUCGAUUUAAUUACGGCGAAACGUAUGCAAAGGCCACGCAUAAGCUACUGCUCGAUCCUACGAUUAACCAUGCGAAUACGCUUGUCCUGUCGAAUCGUGCAACCGAUAAUUACGAGAUAUGGCGACCAUCAAAGAGCGAUAUAAAUAUGGUCAAUAUUCGUUUCAAGAGGACUGAUCCCCUUUUCGUUCACCCCAUGUUGCCAGGAUAUGAGGGUUUCAUACCGGGAUCAAACGCUGUACUUGGACAGAGAUACGCGGUGCGCGCGACCGAAGGUCUCGCCAAUUUCGAACGUCAACAAUUGCGGAAGAAGGCAGUGUCAGAUCAAUUAAGAAGAACGAUCGAUGUGCAAUGCAGACGGGCCGAACCAUUGAAUUUGGAGGAACGUCUGCUAAUUAAAAGCCAUUAUAAAUUGCCGUUGCUUGUUGUGCGAUCUGAAUGCGUUGUUAUAUUGAGUAUAUUUCGCAAAGAAUAUGCAACUAUUCCUCAUGGUUACACGAAUUUGAAACCAUCAAUCAUCCUAUCGUCUGAUGCAACAAAUUAUCAAAAUGGACAAAAUACAAGAUAUGAGUUUGUAACUGCUUACUCUGAUCCUCCCUUAUGUGUUCAAUCCACUGAGAUUUACUAUAAAAACAUCGGAAUGAUACCAAAUUAUCUUGGGCAUAUUCCUGGAGCAAAGUUCAGAUGCGGUAAAACGUUUGGAGCUGACACAAGAAAUGUCAAGAAAUGGCUUCGAAAAGACUUCGAUUUGUAA